AUGGUUAAUAAUGAUAAUAAUAAUAAUAAUAUAAAUAAUACAAAUACAGAAUCAAACAAAAAUAAAAAUAAUAAAUAUAAUUUUAAUGAAAAAUAUGAAGAUAGAAUUUUAAUUGCAAGGCAAAAACAAAUAGAUUAUGGAAAAAAUACACAAGGUUACAAAAACUAUAUUGAACUUUUAAAUUCAAAUCCAAAUUUUAUGAAUGAAACAAAUAAUGUAAAAAUUCCUUGUAUUUUCCAAAAAUGUUCAAAAAGAAGUUUUGAUGGACAGAUAAAGAAAUGGAGAAGAUUUUUACACCAAUUUGAUGAUAAUUUUUCGAGUGAUUCCGAUAUAUUUAACACUUCAUCUUCAAGUGAGGGAUUUAAUUCCGAUAGUAACGAUUUGGAUAAUGAAAAUAACGAACAUUGUCUAUUAAUGGAUUAA